AUGGCUGCCGGACACCAGAGGGUGAACCUUCACGUCAACAAGAAGUACAAACCAUCAGGAUCCAAGUCUUACGUCUACCUCCUGAACAAGUACAAAUUCACGCCUACUAAAGAUGGACCUUACUUCGUUAGCAACAAAGCUCAAACGCAGGGAAAACAUGGAGAACAAAAGGCUAUCGGUGGACACACCACUGUGUCAAGAGUUCUGAAGAAGAAGCUUGACUCAAACCACAGUGGAGAGGUGCCUGCCGAUGACCAGCAGAACGAUUCUUUGUACCUCUGCCCUGUAAAGAUCGGUACUCCAGAGCAGACCUUUAAGCUUGAUUUUGACACUGGCUCAGCGGAUCUUUGGGUGAAGAUGCUCUCCCUCCCUCGUUUCAUUCAUCAGAUAUGGUCCACGGAACUACCCAAGAGCACCACCGACAAGUACAAAGGUCAACACUCCAUUUUUGACUCUUCAAAGUCGAGCACAUUCAAACGCAUCAGUUCCACAUGGCAAAUUUCCUACGGAGAUGGCUCCACGGCUUCCGGUGACUGUGGUACUGAUACUAUCAACCUUGGCGGUAUUAAGAUCAAUACCCAAUGUAUCGAACUGGCUAAGAAGCUAUCUGACCAAUUUGCUUCUGGACCCGGCGACGGCCUUCUUGGGCUUGCAUUCGGCGCAAUUAACACUGUUCGGCCAACCCCUUGUAAGACGCCAGUCGAAAACAUGAUCGAACAGUCGGAUAUUCCUAAAGAUGCUGAGCUUUUUACCUGCUACCUCUCAAAUUACAGCCAUCCAGAUGACGCGCCCUUCUUCACUUUCGGCUACAUUGAUAGUGAUGCUCUUGGAGGAAAAUCACCCUACUACGCACCCAUUGACAACUCGCAAGGCUUCUGGCAAUUCCAGUCUCCUUCUGCUGUUGUUGCUGGCAAAACCAUUCAACGGAAAGGUAAUACUGCCAUUGCUGACACUGGCACAACGCUAGCCCUAGUCGAUGACAACCUCUGCCAGGCCAUUUACCAAACCAUCCCCGGCGCCAAAUAUGACUCGUUCCAACAGGGUUACAUAUUCCCGUCGAAUACUGCAGUUGACAAGCUACCCGACGUUAGUUUUGCCGUUGGAGGCAAACAGUUUGGUGUUCAUAAAGAAGAUCUGGGCUUUGCGGAUGCUGGCAAUGGAUUCACCUACGGGGGUAUUCAGAGCUGUGGAGAUCUGCCAUUUGAUAUCUUGGGAGAUGUCUGGUUGAAGGGGUCUUAUGUGGUAAGGUCUCCUUUCUUUCCAAGUCGAUAUGUCUGGCUAGAAAGGGAUAGAGUGUAG